ACUUUCUCUGCGCCGUUCGCGGCUACAAGACGGUGGUGCAGUUUUUUCCGCACGAGGUGGCGGAUUUGCUGCCGUGUUUAGCCGUGUUGGAGUCGAUGGGGCGGAAGGGUGUCGAAGGUAAGAUCUGCGAAGUCGACGGGGGCGUCGUGGGGAGUAAAACAGCGAAAGAACAGCUGCAAUUAUCGGAAAGCGAGCCACCAGGUUCUCAUACAUAAUUAACUUGUUCGCAUAGCAUGCGUUGUAAAUCUGAGUCUGAUUUUAAGAAAGCUGGGGUCAGCAUAUACGUCUACAAAUCCAAUCUUCAGAUGUCCUCUCUACCCGCGAGAGCACCAAGGAGCACGCGGAGGACCACGCCGCCACUAGCGGAACCGAGCCACAGGUCGGAACGGGCGCGGCGACAGCUUCAGAGCAGGCUGCGACUAUAUCCAAAAAGCCGCCCGCUCAGCAGGAUUGGGCGACGAGCUACGUGUUGUACCUCUGGAUGGCCAUGAUUCUCUACUCGCCGUUCGAUUUGAACACGAUCAUGAGCAUUGAUAAUCCUAUCCUGUGCAAAAGUAUCAUGACCGUGUCGGGCACACUUGGUUAUGCAGCGAGUAACGAAAUAGAAAUGCGCCGUCGUUAUCGUUCGCCCUGAUUAGAUGCGUCUUUGUCGCUCGCGUGACCACUGCUUAGGAUAAGUCUUUUGCUUGGCUGUUUCGCUUAAGUGUUUCGCUUAAGCGUUUCGGUUAUGCGUUUCGGUUAUGCGUUUCAGUUAAGCGUUUCGCUUAAGCGUUUCGGUUAAGCGUUUCGCUUAAGCGUUUCGGCUAAGCGUUUCGCUCAAGCGUUUCGCAUAAACGUUUUGCCUCAGAAGGCGCUUCGCACAAGCGUUUCCGCUGAGUAGUGCGUCCACAAGCCCCCAUGCUUAAGUAGUGCCUCGCGGAGGUGAUUCUUUUCUUAAGUAGUGCUCGCCUAAGUAGUGCGUCGCUUGCUCUCUUAAGUAGUGCUCCCUUCAGUGGCGCUCCGCUUAAGUAGUGCGUCUUCUGAGGAGCGCGCCAGUGCUUCGCUUAAGUGCUUCGCUUAAGUGCUUCGCUUAAGUGCUUCGCUUUAGUGCUUCGCUUAAGUGCUUCGCUUAAGUGCUUCGCUUUAGUGCUUCGCUUAAGUGCUUCGCUUAAGUGCUUCGCUUCAGUGCUUCGCUUAAGUGCUUCGCUUCAGUGCUUCGCUUAAGUGCUUCGCUGAAGCGCUUCGCUUAAGUGCUUCGCUGAAGUGCUUCGCUGAAGUGCUUCGCUGAAGUGCUUCGCUGAAGUGCUUCGCUGAAGCGCUUUGCUUAAGUGCUUCGCUGAAGUGCUUCGCUUAAGUGCUUCGCUGAAGUGCUUCGCUCAAGUGCUUCGUUUAAGUGCUUCGCUUAAGUGCUUCGCUGAAGCGCUUUGCUUUAAGUGCUUCGCUGAAGUGCUUUGCUUUAAGUGCUUCGCUGAAGUGCUUUGCUUAAGUGCUUCGCUUAAGUGCUUCGGUUAAGUGCUUCGCUCAAGUGCUUCGCUUAAGUGCUUCGCUUAAGUGCUUCGCCUAAGUGCUUCGCUUAAGUGCUUCGCUGAAGUGCUUCGCUUAAGUGGUGCCUCGCUUAAGUGGUGCUUCGCUUAAGUGGUGCUUCGCUUAAGUGGUGCUUCGCUUAAGUGGUGCUUCGCUUAAGUAGUGCCUCGCUUGAGUAGUGCUUCGCUUAGGUAGUGCUUCGCUUAGGUAGUGCUUCGCUUAAGUAGUGCUCCGCUUAAGUAGUGCUUCGCCCCGCGCGCUUAAGUAGUGCGCUGCGCGCUCGCAGAGGCGCCGUCUAAGUGGUGCCCCGCUGAGGUAGUGCUCUUUGCGCUCCCAGGGGCGGCACUUAAGUAGUGCCCCGCUUAAGUAGUGCGCUUCGUGCGCCCAGACGCGCCCCUUCUGUGGCGCCCCGCUUAAGUAAUGCCAAAAUAUGGCGCCCCGCUUUUGAGUAGUGCCGCGGCUAGGCGGUGCGUCGCUGAGCUGCGCCUUUCGUAUUUUUGGAAAAGAUGAAAUCAUGUAAUGCAGUUCCCACACGCCUGCGCACAGUGAAUAGGAAUACUUUUGCACAAAUGCAUAAACCCAAUCGACCACUUGUUCAAGCUCGCCUACAGGUCCCUCUCGCACUCCUCCCGCCUACGCGAGUCCGCCGCGUUUCUACUCGGAAAGCUGUUCGUAUGGAAAUGUCAUAAUCGAAAUUCACAAAGUCGAAAAAUUUGUGAUGCAUGAAAUCGAUACCAGUUGGAGCCUCAGUUUGUAAGUGGCGCAUGACAAAUUUCGGGAGCACCACCCAAAUCCAGUCUGUCAUGCUGUUUGGGCAAAGAAGACUGCUCCUGUCAUGCUACUCUGACAGCACAUUGCAUACUCCUAAACAGGCUUACACUCGGUCUCAUUUGCUUGCUCCCCAAUACAGGCCUUCAGUGCCCUAGAUUUUAUGCAUCGCAAGUUUUUCGAUUUUGUCGAUUUCGAUCCUGACGCAUUCAUAGUUCGCCCGAAAGGAUUGCCUGGAUUUGUUCGGAAGCUUGUUUCUCCCUAUUUGCGAAAAGGAAUUCCUUGGCGUAACCACUAGCGUUGGCGAAGCUGAUCAUGCUGGCACCACUUCUAGUCCGGAGAAGAAAGCAGAGGGCGCGGCGACAAAAGACCAGCAACAGCUGCAAGAACAACAAGAAGAUCCCCUGACCAAAGACUUCCGCAUGCUCGGAACGUUGCAGGCCGUGAACCAAAUUCUGAAGCAGGCGAAGUGCGAGCUGAAACCCACAGUAAGUAAACACAGUUCCAGCUGCGAUGACAAAAUAAAUCCAGCUCCCUCUCAAGCGGAAAACUAUGAGAAGCUGUUUGAAACCUUGCUGAAAGCCACAGAGAAAAACGAAAAGUUCGAGAAAAACGCUUUAGCGUGGAAACUGCGGAUGAAGUGUUUAUCGAGAAUCGUCGAGCGGUUCCUGCCCAACAAACCGCCCUCCUGGCGGUAUCAACGCGGGCUGCGGGUGCUGGGGGCGAGUCUAGCGGCAGCGGGUGCAGCGACCAAUGCGGGAGAAGACGGCGGCAGCGCGGCAGCAUUGGACGAGAAAUCGAAGAUGAUAAUCGGAGGCAACAUUGAGAAGGAUGAAGCGGAUAGUACAGCACGAACGAAGAAUCACACAGCCGCCGCGCACGGUCCGCCAGGGGCGAAAACCUCUGACGCGGCCGGGGCUGAAGAAGACGAUGAUGGUGCGCAAAUAAUAGAUCCUGAGCACGAGCAUGAGAUAUCGGACAAAGUUUUAGAUCUCGUGGAGGAAGUGAUCGAACUUCUUCUCCAGUCUCUCCUCCACACGGACACUAUCGUCCGCUGGUCGGCCGCCAAAUGCUACGGACGCAUCACGAGCAAAAUGUCCUCGCUCUACUAUGCGGACCAACUUCUCGAAAUUCUGGAAAAGCGGUGUUUCCAGCAAAACGGCCGCAACGACCGGGCGUGGCACGGGGGCUGCUUGGCGAUCGCGGAACUCGCGCGCAGGGGGUUGCUGUUGCCGGUGCGGCUGAAAACCAUCUUGCCGAUCGUGUGCGAAGCGUUGCACUUCGAGUUUGCGAACGGGAGUUCUUUCGGGGGGAGCAGCAGUUCAAUUUCCACCACAUCCGCUGGCCAGCACGUCCGCGACGCCGCGUGUUUAUGGAUCUGUCAGGAUUGAAAUCGUCAAAUUUGAAAUGAUUUGUCAUGCAUAAAAUGGAUGCCAGUUGGAACCCAGUUUCCAAGUGGCGCAUGACAAAUCUUGCUGGUGCCUAAAUCCAGUUUGUAGUGCUGCUCUGGUAAGGAGGACGCAUUUUGUCAUGCUACUUUAGUAGCUCUAUUUCUACCCCUCAAAAGGCUUACAGUCUGCCUCCCUUGCCUACUCUGCAAGACAGGCACUUUGUGGGUUGCAUUUUAUGCAUGACAAACUAUUUCAACUCUGACGAUUUCAAUCCUGACGCUUCCAUAGUGUUACUGCGUCUGGGCCUUCGCGCGGGCGUAUCAGCCGGAGCAUUUCGAUCUGCAAAACCGAAAACUCCUCGCCGCGGCCUUGCUCCCCGCCUGCUGCUUCGACCGAGAAAUCAACAUCCGCCGGGCGGCGAGCGCCGCGAUUCAGGAGCAUGUCGGGCGGCAGGAAACGUUUUCAGCAUCGGAAGAUAAUGCGACAGACUCCGGUAGUUCGAAAUCCACCAGCAUCGCGUUGGUGACCUAUGACCUGCUCAAACGUUACAAUCUCAAACGUUACAAUGGAGUCUGGGUUUUGUGUUGCAUGAUGAGCAUGACAGACUUGCACACCGUUUCGCCUUCUGCAGUGCAAAUUUCGCCAGAUUUUUCCAGUGCGGAUUGGGACUCCAGAACUUGUCAUGCGCAGUCUUGUGGGAGUAGGGUAGAUCAUGCACUUCUUGCAUCACAGAUUUCCAUAUUCUACUGUAACGUUUGAGAUUGUAACAGCUGAGCAGGUUAUAUGACCAUCGCGGAUUUUUUCACGGUGUCCUGCAGGAAAAGGUCCUACACAAAAGUCGCCCCGGAAAUCGCCGCAUUGCCGAAUGAGAACUACCGGUUCUACUUGGUGAACCACUUGCUCGACUUCAAAGUCGACCAUCCAGACGUAAACAUCAGGGAGGAAACGGCUCUGGCGCUGGGGGAACUGCUGGUUGAUGACGUUUUGUUCCAUGCUGUUGAUGGCACGACUAGCAAAUCGACAACGACUGAUAUUAACAACCACGCAAGAACAUCAGAAGAUAUCUUUCACGAGUACGCGAAUGAGAAAGUGAUCCCGAGAUUAGCCGCGAACGUCGUGGUGCCACCACCAGCUGCUGGCGCGACAGGAUCGCAAGGGAGGACAUCUGGGGUGCUUCCAACAGGUUCCACGACAUCUAGCAGUACAACCGCAUUGCAGAAGCACGGCUCCCUCCUUUCCCUCGCGGAGAUCAUCCGGAAGGACAAGCUGACGCUGACCGAAAAGACGCAGGUUUUGCUGCGAAACCUCGUUCCCAACGGGGAAAAACAGCGGAUGUACCGCGGUCGGGGCGGUGAACAGAUCCGGUUUGCCGCCAUGAAGAUGCUCUCGGCCAUCUGCUGCAAUUUGAAGGUAGUAGAGAGAUUUAUUUUGCAGGUUUUUUUUCUGCGCUGUAGCAGGGUUUGGAUACUUACCAUUUUGCUGUGCAUGAGAAACCAAGAUUGUCGUUGCGAUCUUCCGCAAGACAAACACACAAAUCUUCUAACCCAAAAUUUCCAGAUCGUCUUCCCCGCUGUAAAGACCACAAAGUACUACCUCCAAUCAAUCGAAGAGUGCUUGUACCACAGUGGCGAAGCCAGAAUUCAGUUUGUCGCCAUGGAAGCCCUGUCGCACCUGCUGGAACAGCGGCUGGGUUCUAGUUCUACGACUUUAGGAGGAGUUCCUCAUGCGGCCUCUGCGCAACAAGAGGAAUUUCAAAUCGUCAUCGAUUUCACGAAAAAGCAACUGGAAAAGCUGGAUUUCAAGAACCAAGUGGCGAACAAGACGACGCUUUCCCCCCUAGCGACGAGGAAUGGAGCGAUACUAGCUUUUAUCGUAAGGAAAAAUCCCCCACGCCCGAACUUGGGAGCAUUUGUAUUGCAAACCUUUCCAAAUGAAACAUUCGCCCUCUUGCAUCUAUCAGCAUGACAAAUUUUUCCAUGCUGAAUAACGCAAUUUUGUGAUGCAAAGGAGCCCAACAGCAGGCGGAUCGCUGAUGCAAAAGAUACCUUGCGCACCUAGAUUCUGUAUCAGAAAUGCUUGCGCUCCUUUCAUGCAAGACAAAAACCUUUCAUUUGGAAACUUUGCAUGAGAAACUUUGACAAAUUCCGGGGUGGGGCACUUUUCAUUGUAAUAGCCUUGGGCUGGCUCGGAGCGUGGUUUUUCGAGAAAAUGGCGUAUAGCUCAGAUUUGGUUGCAGACAAAAAUGCGGAUAAGAAGCCAGAUUUUUCGGAUUCGUUGCUCUCCACCAUCAUCACGGCUUUGUGUGAGGAAAUCACAACGGCGUCGAGUAUUUUGUAUGGAUUGUAAAAGUGUCUGGGUCUGGAAACUUGUGAUGCUGGGUGGCGUAUCAUGAAGAGGCCACAAAUGCUGGCUCAGCAUGACAAGCUUUUGAGCUUCUAGGUUUUGCCUAUUCUGCAUGACAAACUGCGUUUCUGCAUGACAACAAAAUGGGGCUCUUGGGAAACGUGCAUGACAGAUUUAAGAGCCAUGCUAGACUAGCAUGACAAGUCUCGCAAUCUCCCAGACCCAGACAUUUUUACACUUGAUAUUUUGCCGGAAGAGACAAAAGAUCCAGUUUCGAGGCAAUACGCGGUUUUCGGGCUGGCCCGGAUACUGAGUCGAAUAGCGAACAGUCGGGGUGCUGGUUCGGGUCUUGCAAAAGAAGCGCAGAAGAAGAUAAAUUUCGCCGAAAUCAAAACUGCGUUACUGACCGCGGUUCAAGAUUACGAGGUGGACCGGAGAGGCGACGUGGGCAGCUGGGUCCGGGAACUCGCGCUCGAUGCGUUUUCUUGGUAUCUCGAAGCGGAGGGGGCUUGUCAUGCGGAAAAAGCUAGUACGGCCGAGGUGGAAAAUGUUAAAUCUUCUUCCUCCUUCCCCUGGGAACCCAUCCUCGCGGCGAUUCUCCAGCAGUGCAUGGAAAAGAUCGACCGCACCAGGAUCAUCGCCUUUUCCGCGCUGGCCCGGAUUGUGCGGGAAUCAGUACCGCGCUUACCGCUCGACGCGACCGCUGCGUUUCAAAUCGCGGCGAGCCGGUCCACCGCGUCUGCGAGUAAGGAACCGAUCGCGAAACUGCUGGCGUUUUCAACAACGACAACAGAAGCUGGCGCUAGUGGUCCUCGAUGUGCAGGUAAAAAAUCUGUAUUGCGGCGCUCGAUGAUCUGCAGUGGAGAGGACAAAGCUGCUUGUCCACCUUGGAUCGCAGUUUUGGAGGAGGUUUGCACGACAACGACGGACCAGACGUUGGAUAAGGCAAACACGACUUCAACCGCUAUCAAAAGGAAAAAUGCCCCCACCUCAUAUCGAAAACGAAAUUUGUGAUGCUGUAUCUAGUACACAAAUCGACUUGUAAUGCUAGAAGGCCAAGAGCCGCAGGCGUGGCCUCGUUUGCAGGCAAUUUGUCAUGCUGCUUCCCACUUCCAGCUGCCUCCUGUCAUGCUGAAGAUGCAAGGCUAUCCCACGCCACCCAGCACGACAGUCCGCAUCUUUUCCUUUCUAGCAUGACAGGCUGACUUGUGGCCCCAAAUCUGCAUGACAGAUUUCCGUUUUGAUAUGGGGAGGGGGGAUUUUUCUUCUUGAUAACCGCUGAUAAUGACGAAGAGCUCUUUAAUAUUUCAACAUCAUCAGCGAGCGCAACAAAUAAAACAUCAACGCCAACUAUGGACGAGUGCGGUCUCUUCCUGUUCGAAAAGUUCACACCACUCCUGGACUUCGCGGAAUUUCGAACCCCGAUGCUGUUAGGCCUGCUGAAUUCCGUUGGCGGGGUGACGGAAUCCACCGCGAAGGCGAGCUCCAAAGCGUUAAUCGAGUUCAUGGAGAAGUCGGAGGAGAAAAAACAGAAAGUGUGUGAAAGCUUACUGCAGAUUUUCCAGGAAAGAGUCCUGGAUUUGCAAAAAGAAAAACAACAGCAAUCACACGAUGGUACAGGUACCACUGCAACUACAACCAAAGCGACGAGCACCACACAGCAAGCGGCUUUUCAGCUCUGCUUGCUGAACGUUUUCGGAUUACUCCUCUCGUCAAACAACUUCGCUGUGAACUCCGGAGAGCCGCUGUUUCAGAAAUGUUAUCAGUUAAUUCAGACGAAUAAAAUUGCGAAGAUAUUGUGAGGAAAACCCCCCCUCCCCAUAUCAGACAGGAAAUUCGUGAUGCUGGACCUGCGUACACAAAUCGAUUUGUAUUGCUGGGAGCCCAGGAGACGCAGUUGCGGCCUCGUUGGCAGGCAAUUCGUUAUGCUGUUUCCGGCUUCCCGUUGCUCUCUGUCGUGCUGAAAGCGCAACGCUUUCCAACGCCAGACAGUACUACAGUCCGCAUCUCUUCGUUUCUAGCAUGACAACUUGAUUUGUGGUCACAAAUCAUGCUACACAAAUCCCCGUUUUGAUGUGGGGAGGGGAGAUUUUUCUUCUUGAUAGAAGAACAACGUCGCAAUUCUGAAAUCCAGCCUGGCGAUUUUCAUCGGGUUGUUCAACCUCUGUAUCGCAAGGAAAAUGUGUUUCACUGUAAACUUGUAAUGCAGAAAAUGUAUCUCAGAAGUGUUUGUCUUGCUACACAUGCUAGGCAGGCGAUUGGUAGCUGUGUUUUCCCUUAGGAACGUCGCAUGGCAGGUUUUCCCUGUCAUGUAGAGCAAGCUUGUGAUGCAAAACUUGCAAAAUCCUUACAGUGAAACACUUUUUUCGUACGAUACUCGGUGAUAGUGGUGCAGUACUACCCGUGAAAGAAGUAGCAGCAGGAACUACCGCUCAACCCUCUGCGAACAAUCUGGUAAGACGUAAAUCCCUUCGCGUUCUGCUCCUCCAGCUGAACCACAAAUUUCCGAAACUGCGCGAGGCGGUGGCGAGUUCGCUGUACUUGGCCUUGGUUGCCUUUUCGACGGAAGGGUUUGUGUUGUCGUGGCUAGAAGAGGUGGACGCGGCAAGUAGUUCGGGGACGGUACCAGCUUCUGGAACAACAGGACUUGUUUCCUCUUCCUCCGAACCACCACCACCAGUGCAAAAAUCUCUCCAAAUUGCCCCCGAAACCGUGGAUUUUGUGUGCGCGAAGCUGAUUGAAACGCCGUGGAUGAGCGAGGAAGAGGGGGAGGAGAUUCGGGCGGAGAGUUUGAAGGCGAUUUACGAAAAAUUCGAAUUGCCCAUGCCGAAACUGAAGGCGAGCGGAAAUAAGGGAAGUGGCAAAGCGGGAAAUCAUAGAGACGGGAACAAAGGUUCCGGCGUGCAAGAGCACGCGUUGCUGAAGAAAAAAGAAGUGGAGGGGUACGCGCAACUGGUGCGGGAGUUUCAUAACGUGUAGGUAACACGAAGGGGAUCGUGGUCUCCACAGUAUUUGCUUCACCUAGGAUUCUUUGUUGCUAUCUUCGCUGCACUGAAUUUUUUUUUACCAAAAUGAUGAACAGCUGAAGGGAUUAUUGAAAAUUAUCGGAAGAAGUCAGUCCUUCUGUGCGGUAAACAGUACGUAAAGGCCUUCGCCCGCCGGAAGAUCCGGCACAAAAUAAACUAAAACUUUCCUAUCCUGCCUCUGAGCAGAAAAGCAAAGCACACUUGCCUUCCUGCGGACUUCUUUGAGGUUCGAAAGAC